AUGCACACGCUGUGGUCGGUCUCUUUCCCUAAACCUGCUCUGUGCACCCGACAACUAUCUUCCUUCCUUCCCAUCACAACCACAAUCAGGUCUGACCGAGAAGAGAUUCCCACAAUCGGUGUCCUUAUCCUGAUCCCAUUUGCUGACCGCGCUCAACGCGAAGGUCGGAGCUGUCCUCUUGCAUAUCGCCAAGUCAGAGGCGAUACCGUCAUCAACCAUGUUCUCAGGAUGUUCAGGUCCUGGAACGCAACAUGUCCGAUUGUUCUCAUUCAUCAUUCCCAUGACACGUCUCUUCUUAAAGCCUCCAUCGAUUAUGACCCCAAUACACACACCGUUGACGGAGGAGUUCCACAAACAGGCGUCCUACAAGGCUUGCGGCAUCUAUCCAGCCUUUCCAAACCGCCGGAACAGGUUUUUAUUCACGAAGCGAUGCGUCCGCUCAACUUGCAUCAGUUCCUCGACAGCAUUUUGGGGUAUUUGAUUGAAAAUCCUUCCAGUGCCGGGAUUCCCGUAAUGACACACCCGAAGGAAGAGACUGUUCCCCAAAGUGACAUCAACGACCCUACUAUGGCGACUGAACCCGAUAUAGUUUAUCACGCCCAGACUCCACGAGUAUACAGAUUGGGAGUGAUACAUAAUGUACAUGAAAGGGCUGCUACCAUUGGUUUAUCCCAUGAAGAUGAUUUGUCUCUGUAUGAGAAAGAACAACUUCCCAUCCGCUACAUCCUCGGUGACCCACGAAACAUCGACUUACGACACAGUGGGGAUCUCCAAAACGAAGAACAGCUACUAAAGCCCCACGUCUCAGUCCAUACUCCUGUAUCCGGUGUGCGGAUUGGCCACGCCUACGAAAUCCAUACUCUUGCGCCGGGUGAUGCAUUCACACUCUGUGGCGUGGGAAUCCUACACAGGUCGAAUCUCUUUGGUCGCCCUGAGAUGGAUAUUGGUCUAUGCGCCCUGGCGAAAGCGCUCUUAGACACCAUCUCGGCAGAUAAUAUGGACAGAACCCUCACAUUGACAAAUCCUCGAUGGACAAAUGCCGCACCGGACAAGCUUCUACGACAUGUGCUCACCCUUAUUCUUCAAGCUGGUGGUGCCGUCAAGGAGUGUGAUGUGAGCUUGGUUUGUGAAGUCUCGCGAGUCAAUGUUCACCGGGAAGCCAUGAUCAAUUUCAUUUCUGGCAUAGUUGGCUUAGAGAGCUGUCAAGUUUCCGUCAAGGCACAGACCAAUGAGCAAAACGAGCUGAGGGGUCGGGAGAUGGUAAUGAUUGCUUUUGCUACUACUUGA